GCCAGAGAUCCAACGCAAACGUUGGCUACUGGAAUUAAAUCGUUGAACCGCCUACCAGAGUAACCUUUUCUAUUCUUCAAACUGGCUGAACCAAUCAAUCCUUGGUGCGGAGAUAUCAACAAACGCGCCGCUGCAGCUCUGUCUUCUGGUAGAACCAACCCACUCGCUGCCAUGGACACCAACACCUCUGCCCCAGAUUCUGAACUUCCCAAGUACUCCUGCCGUACCCAAGAGGAGACGGAUCCAAGCUUUGGUCCCGCUCCUAUUUCCAAUCUCAAGGGUACUACUGGUGACAACGCGCCCGACAAGCCUGAUUCUCUCGUCAUCGGUUUCGGACCCAUCGUGCCACGCUGGGACGUCACACCACCCGGUGGCACAAAGCUCCAGUACUAUGUGAGAGUGGACACUUUUCCAGAUGACGACAAGGCAACGAUUGCAGCCAAAGAAUUUCAAGCUGCUGCUGAUUCCUGGGUUAAACUCAAAAUUGGCCUUGGCUUCUCUCAAACAACUGAUCGAGAGAGCGCAAAUUUCUACCUCGUAUAUCAAGCCAACACGGAGUUUGAUGAGGGAGUGCUAGCUCAAGCAUUCUUCCCACAUGAGAUUGAUCAGGAUGUGAUUGUUUUCUCAGAUGCCUUCAAGGGGAGUAAUACAUCUAUCUUGAAGGAAAUCUUUCAGCAUGAAAUCGGUCACAUUCUUGGUCUUCGGCACGAAUUUGCCAUUGUAGGUGAUGACAUGGGCAACAAACCUGAGGGUUUUGGUGCUAAGCAGUUCUUGGCGAAGAACCCCAAGUCAGUCAUGAGCUACAACAUACCCCCCAAGAUUCAAGAUAGCGAUCGCACGCAAACUAUCGAGUUCUACAAGUUGCCCAAUGGAUUUAUGAUUGGCAGCAGUCCUGUCACGGACUUUCAGCCCAAGAUCCGUAGCAAGAACCGAUAGAUGCUAUAACAAGUUAGCGCUGAGGUUUAUGGAUUUGCUUACUUAGUAGGAAUUUAUAUGAUAUAGCAUAUAUAGUAAAGGCACAGAUAGGUUUAUGGGAUACUUAAAUUACUUAAAAUACUACCUGAAAUAUGUCUUA